CUAAUUAAGAUGUAGGCGCUCUAGUUCAUUUUAGGAUAGAUGUAGUCAUAUAUCAUAGGCCUAGAUCUUGUCAGAGAGAAAAUGUCAGUGAUUUCACCGGAAAUCAUUUAAAUCACGUGAUUAGUACCAACAUGGCGGGAUACUGCAGAGUAUAGUUUCCUGUUUAGUAAAUUUCUGUGAACUUUUUGCGAAAAAUAACAAUACACUCAUUUUAAACACAUUAUUUUGUACGCAGUAAGAAGUAACCAAAACUUAUUAGGCAGUCCUAAGCAUUCAUGACAGGAGCCCCCAUCAGCCAUGUCAGACGGGGAGGUGCUUUACUUCGAGUGCGUCAACCGCUACAACCCCCAUGAGUAUGGUCAUGGCAAAGAGCACAUCCCAAUUGAUCCUGGCGAUGCUCUUGAAGUUGAUGUAGCCUCCAUUGAUUUGAAUGCUAAAGGAGGAAGGCAUAAGCCAGAGGGUUGGCUGAAAGGGCACAAUGUGACCAAAGGUCUGAGGGGACGGUUUCCAGGCGGCGCUUACAUCACCAGACGUGACUUCAACGACAGUGGCUAUGGCGGUACACCACACCGCCCUCCGCGCAUACCCCACAGAUUUGUGGAUAUAUCACUAGUGAGACCCGGACUGUGUAUACACUGUAAAGAUUUUAUAUGGGGCAAAACGAACCCAGGCAAGAUAUGUGAAGCCUGUGGAAAGACGUGCCACACUGCCUGUGCUCCACUGACUAUCACAACGACGCACUGCUCCAGGGACCGCAACGGUAGAUCCGACCAUAGCACGGAAACAGAUCUUCCAAUCGCAGAAUGGAGUGUGGCUAACGUGGUCGAGUGGAUGGCAGCGGCCAACCUGUACCGGUACGUGGAGCUGUUCAGGGAGAAACAGGUCACGGGCAGGGAGCUGCUGGGUAUGGACGAGGACAAACUCAGG